CAUGGCUUCGUCCGGCUCCUCCAGCACCUCAAGCGGGCCCGUCGCCACAGGAUCUCGAAGGAGGCGGCUCGUUCUGAGGCUGAGCCAGAAGGACGCCCUGCAAGCGCUCUUUCAACGGAACCCCUACCCUGGGAUAGCGACCAGAGAACGGCUGGCCCGGGAGCUUGGCAUUGCCGAAAGCAGAGUUCAGGUCUGGUUCCAAAACCAACGCAGAAGACGGUCAAAGCAGAGCCGAUCGCCGCCGUCUGAAUAUGUGCACCGAGAAGGGGAAGCGGGGCCAACGUCCACGCCCACGCCACCGUCGCGCCCGCCUCGACCUCAGUCUUCCUCUCCAGGAGACUCGGCCCGAGAGGCCCGGAGAAAGAGGACCGUCAUCUCUCCUUCCCAAACAAGCAUCCUUGUGCAAGCCUUCACGAGGGAUCGCUUCCCGGGGAUUGCCGCCAGGGAAGAACUGGCUCGUCAGACGGGAAUCCCAGAACCUCGAAUCCAGGUAUGGUUUCAAAACCGAAGAGCUCGGCACCCCCAGCAGAGCCCGAGCGGGCCCGGCGGCGCAGCAGCCACGACUCCUCCUGCUCCAGAGGACCGAAGGGCCCCACCCGCUGUCCAGAGCACCUCUCCUCCCCUUCGCCCCUCCCCGCCACAGGAGAGCAUUGCCACCCUCGGCGGCGGCGGCGGCCGCAGCUGCUCCCCGUUGAUGAUCUUCAUGGUCCAGCCCAGCCCGGUGGCUCUCCAGCCAAGUGGGAAGCCACCACCUCCUGCCCAGGUAGCAGUUCCCUGGGCCGCGCGCUCCCCUGCCGUCACGGCCCCCGGGCAGCCUGGGCAAGGGGCCAUCCUGCCGCCUGGACAGCCGGAGGCACACAUCCCGCGCUGGCCGGGGUCACCCUACGGGGAAGGCGCGGCCCCUCCGCUAGAGCCACAGCCCCAGCCCGCAGCCUCCCAAGCUCGACGAGCCUCCUCGACGAGCUCUCGGCGGCCGCGGGCGUCCCGCCUCGCCGGGGCCUUCCCGGGGGCCGCUGCCGACCACGGGGUGGACCCGGCCCUGCCAGGCGCACCCAGCCUCCUCGACGAGCUCUUGGCGGCGCGGGCGCCCCGCCUCGCCGGGGCCUUCCCCGGGGCCCUCUGCCGUCGCAGCGCAACAGGCAGCUCUCGCUGGCACACCCAGCCUCUUAGAGGAAAUCUUGGCUGCCACCGGCACCGGCCAUCCGCCACCACGGGGCCUUCCCUGGGGCCCUGUGCCG